AUGAAUGACAAAUUAACACAGAAUAGAAAAGCAUCUGACCCAAAUAAGAAGAUAGUGCAAAACAGGAGACAGAGACAUAGGUCAUGUACCCCAGGAAAAUUAUCCACAAAUUUUCAAUUCCAGAAAUCUAACGAAGUUUGUGCACUAAAAUAUCUAAACCAGAUUCGUGGAUUAACGGACGGUCCAGAUGACUGCAAAAAACGAUCUAUGAGUAAUUUUUCUCAACAACUCUCAACUCAACAACUCAGUAAAUCAAAUAGAUCAAAAAGCAUCGCAACGAUCAAUACACGUAAAAGCGAAUUCUUAAGUAAUGAGGAAGAUAGAGCACUAUUCGCGAAGCAAAGAUCUAUAAUAUAUCAGUUAAAUGAAAUUAUGAGAAAAUCAGAAAUAGCCAAUUACGAAGCUUUCAUGAACUUAAACCAUACAAAUUGA